UUCCCUUUCCGUUUUUAGUUUAUCUUUUUUAUUUUUAUUUUUUAUUAUUAUUAUUAUUAUAGCGCACAACGAAAGAAAGAGUAAUAAGAGCGAAGAAGCUCCAACUACUUGCAACAACUUCGAUGCGCCAAUUUCAACCACCUUUUUCAAUCACUCAUUGAUUCUUCAACUUUUUUUCUUCUUCACAUUCAAAUUCCAAACUAUACUGUUACCGUUGAAACCAAAUGCAUCGGAGUAACCGAUUUUCGCGUAUGCCGAACUGGAUCGAAAACUCGCCGCCGCUUUGAUGGAAUCAACGCCGUUUGUUACAUUCAAUGGAGUUCGUUCUUCGAUUUAGUUCAUGCAUGCCGUUUAGAUUUCUUUUUAAGCUUCGAUUCGCAAUCGUCGUUUUUGAGAUUGUAUUGAUAUUGGCAUGGUUAGAAGUCAGUGAUGCAAAGGCCCAAGAACACCAAUUUCAAUGGGGAGGAUUGGAAGGGAGGGUUGAGAAAGUUGCAUCACACUCUUGCAUACAUGACCAGAUACUUGAACAGAGAAAGCGACCUGGUCACAAGGUGUAUUCAGUUACCCCACAAGUUUAUAAGCCUGGUCGAUCGAAACCCCUUCGGCAUAAAGGUAGGGCGUUACUUGGUAUAUCAACAUCAUCAAAGCCCCAGAAGGAUGAAAAGCAACCUAUUAGGAUAUAUCUAAAUUAUGAUGCUGUUGGCCACUCCCCUGACAGGGAUUGUCAAAAAGUUGGUGACAUUGUUAAGCUUGGGGAGCCUCCCAUUACUUCUCUUCCCGGUUUGCCUUCUUGUAACCCUCUUGCUAAUCCUCCAAUCUUUGGUGAUUGUUGGUAUAACUGCACUUCUGAAGAUAUAUCGGGAGGUGAUAAAAAGCAGCGCCUUCGCAAGGCAUUAGGUCAGACAGCUGGCUGGUUUAGGAGAGCAUUGGCUGUUGAGCCUGUCAAGGGGAACUUGCGAUUAAGUGGAUAUUCUGCAUGUGGUCAAGAUGGCGGUGUGCAGCUUCCUCGUGAAUAUGUUGAAGAGGGAGUCUCUGAUGCUGACUUAGUUCUUUUGGUGACUACAAGACCUACAACUGGGAAUACACUUGCUUGGGCGGUGGCAUGUGAAAGAGAUCAAUGGGGUCGUGCUAUAGCUGGACAUGUAAAUGUUGCUCCUCGUCAUUUGACAGCUGAGGCAGAGACUUUGCUUUCAGCUACUCUGAUACACGAGGUUAUGCAUGUUCUUGGUUUUGAUCCUCAUGCCUUUGCUCAUUUUAGAGAUGAAAGGAAAAGACGUCGUAAUAAGGUUACUGAACAAGUUAUGGAUGAAAAGAUUGGGAGAAUAGUAACACGUGUGGUGCUUCCACGUGUUGUCAUGCAUUCACGGCAUCAUUAUGCGGCAUUCUCAGGAAAUUUUACUGGUUUAGAGCUGGAAGAUGGUGGAGGACGUGGCACAUCAGGGUCCCAUUGGGAAAAAAGGCUUUUGAUGAAUGAGAUCAUGACUGGUUCAGUGGAUACAAGAUCUGUAGUUUCAAAAAUGACUCUAGCUCUCUUAGAAGAUAGUGGAUGGUACAAAGCCAAUUAUAGCAUGGCAGACCGUCUUGAUUGGGGUCGCAACCAGGGUACUGAGUUUGUUACCUCCCCGUGCAAUCUCUGGAAGGGAGCCUAUCAUUGCAACACGACACAGUUUUCAGGUUGUACAUAUAACAGAGAGGCAGAGGGUUACUGUCCCAUUCUAACCUAUAGCGGAGACCUUCCUCAGUGGGCUCGGUAUUUUCCACAAGCUAACAAAGGUGGACAAUCUUCAUUGGCUGAUUAUUGCACUUAUUUUGUUGCAUACUCUGAUGGAUCAUGUAUAGACACUAACAGUGCACGAGCACCUGAUAGAAUGCUAGGUGAAGUCCGAGGAAGUAACUCUAGGUGUAUGUCCUCAUCAUUAGUGCGCACAGGAUUUGUACGAGGUUCUAUGACCCAAGGAAAUGGUUGUUAUCAGCACAGGUGUAUCAACAACACUUUAGAGGUUGCCGUGGAUGGUAUGUGGAAAGUGUGUCCUCAGGCUGGCGGAUCCAUUCAGUUCCCCGGCUUCAAUGGUGAAUUAAUCUGCCCUGCAUAUCACGAGCUCUGUAAAACAGAAACAGCGGUUGUCUCAGGGAAAUGUUCCAAUGCAUGUAGUUUCAAUGGAGAUUGUGUUGAUGGAAGGUGCCACUGCUUUCUUGGAUUUCACGGUCAUGAUUGCAAUAGACGUUCCUGCCCCAGCAAUUGCACUGGAAAUGGCUUGUGUCUCAACAAUGGAAUAUGUGAAUGUAAAUCUGGCUACACUGGCAUUGACUGUUCCACUGCUGUUUGUGAUGAGCAAUGCAGCCUUCAUGGUGGGGUUUGUGAUAAUGGAAUUUGUGAAUUUCGCUGUUCUGACUAUGCGGGAUACACUUGCCAGAACAGCUCCAUGCUCCUCUCAACUCUUUCCGUUUGCAAAAAUGUGCUGGGAAAUGAUAUUUCAGGGCAGCAUUGUGCACCCAGUGAACCUAGCAUACUGCAGCAGCUAGAAGAAGUGGUGGUCGUGCCCAACUACCACCGAUUAUUCCCUGGUGGUGCUAGGAAAUUAUUUAAUAUAUUUGGCAGCUCCUACUGUGAUGAGGCAGCUAAUCGGCUUGCUUGCUGGAUCUCAAUCCAGAAGUGUGACAAGGAUGGUGACAACAGGCUACGAGUCUGUCAUUCGGCAUGCCAGUCUUAUAAUCUAGCGUGUGGAGCUUCACUGGACUGCAGUGACCAAACCCUUUUCAGCAGCAAGGGGGAGGGGGAGGGUCAGUGUACUGGUUAUGGUGAGAUGAAAUUGUCAUGGUUUAAUAGAUUGAGAAGCAGUUUUUCUUUGAGAAAUAGUUCCUCAAAUGGAAUAUUUGUAAGAUACAGGCAACUUUAGCUUCAAUUAUUUUUUCUUUUUUUGUGGGGUAGGGGUCGGGUGUAAUUUUCACAAGGUUAUUGUAGGAAAAAAUAUGGUGGCAUAUAUCAUCUUAGAUUUAGGGAUUGCUUACUCAUCCGAAAUUUUAGCACAAAAUUGGGAUGGGGGGCUAUAUAUUUGGCUUUCAAAGAGAGCCUUUUGUAGAGAAUAGCAGGAGUAUUUGGAAGUGGGUGGUAAAUUAGGGGAAGGAAGAAAAAAAGGAAAGAAAAGAAGAAGCUGACAUGGUUGUCACUUAUGAGAAGCUUUGGCCGAAGGCCAUCAAAGAGGAAAGAAAUAUUUCAAUGCUUCAUUUCAUUCCUUUAACUGUAUAUAUUGACGUUUUUCUUAUUUAUCUUUAGUUCAACCUUUUAAUAUGUUGUCA